GCUCACGGCCAUACCGUCCACACACCAAACCCAAACCCUACUCUCCCUCUGCAACAGAUCCUCCUCCUGUGCUUCUUAGAUUUUCAUCGGACUGAAAAUGGGUUCCGCCUCCGGGACCCGAAUCGUCUCUACCCUUGAGGUUUGAUAAGUUAUCUCUAUAUUUACCAGCUAGGCUAUACAAGGAAGAUUAUACAUUGGGAAAUGUUACCGGAUUCAUGGGUAGAGGUUAAAUUGUGGUAAUUGAGCUAAAAGGAGUCAGAAAAUUGGGUGCUGAGUCUUGUUUUUUAUUGUUUACCAGUGAACAUGGUGGUUGUUGUGAUUUCUGGGGAGAAAUUAUGGUCUUAGCUGCUCACUCACUUCCAAGUAUGGAUCUUUAGUGUUUUGGGCAUCUGGGUCAUGUUGUCUGUAAGUAUUUUUUUUUCUUAUUUAUUUUUGAUCCUCUGUGAGAUUUAAGAUUGGAUAUGUUGAUCAUUUGGGGGAAAAUUGCUGAUCUUUAAUCCUGGCGUAAAGUUGAGAUCUUUUGGGCUCCAUUGGUUUGGUUAGAGAUUUGGAGGAAAUCUGGAGGUUUUGAAGAGGAUUUCUGAGUUGUUAUUAUAUUUUUGAGGGGUAGGCUUACAUAGGCAUCAAUGUCAUUCAAAAGUAUUAUCCAAGAUAUGAAGGGGGAGUUUGGGAGCAUAUCUAGAAAAGGGUUUGACAUGAAGUUUGGGUAUGGGAUGAGAUCGAGGUCACACCGGGUAGUCCAGGAUAUCACAGUGCCAAUUGAUGCUUUCAAGCAGAGUUGCUGGGCCAACAUGCCACCUGAACUUUUGAGGGAUGUGCUGAUGAGAAUAGAGGCAUCAGAGACUACUUGGCCUCCCCGAAAGAAUGUGGUUUCUUGUGCUGGUGUUUGUAGGAAUUGGAGAGAAAUUAUGAAGGAAAUUGUUAAAGCCCCGGAGGCUUCUGGCAAGUUAACAUUCCCAAUCUCAUUGAAGCAGCCUGGCCCAAGGGACUCUCCCAUUCAGUGCUACAUAAAACGGAACCGUAGCAACCAGACUUAUUAUCUCUACCUUGGCUUGAACCAAUCUUCAAAUGAUGAUGGAAAGUUCCUUCUUGCUGCAAGGAAGUGUCGACGUCCCACUUGUACAGACUAUAUCAUCUCUUUAAAUUGUGACUAUGUGUCAAAAGGAAGUAGUGCCUACAUUGGAAAAUUGAGAUCAAACUUUUUGGGGACCAAGUUCACAAUUUAUGAUGUGCAUCCUCCAAGUACAGGAGCAAAAGUUACUAAAAGCCAAUCCACUAGGUUGGUUAAUAUAAGACGAGUCUCCCCAAAAGUUCCGGCUGGCAAUUACCCUGUUUCACACAUCUCAUAUGAGUUGAAUGUCCUUGGUUCUAGAGGCCCAAGGAGAAUGCAAUGUGUCAUGGAUUCUAUCCCAGCCUCUGCUAUUGAGCCUGGAGGAGUGGCUCCCACUCAGACUGAAUUUCUGCACAGCAAUCUGGACAGUUUCCCAUCCAUUUCAUUCUUUAGAUCAAAAUCAACUCGAGUGGAGACUUUCGAGUCUGGUCCUUUAUCUGGCCAAAAAGGAGUGCUAGUCUUGAGGAAUAAGGCCCCAAGGUGGCAUGAACAACUUCAAUGCUGGUGUCUAAACUUCAAUGGACGGGUAACCGUUGCUUCAGUAAAGAACUUUCAGCUUGUUGCCUCUCCAGAGAAUGGAGUUGCUGGGCCAGAGCAUGAGGACGUUAUUCUCCAGUUUGGAAAGGUGGGGAAGGAUGUGUUCACCAUGGAUUAUCAGUAUCCAAUCUCAGCUUUCCAGGCUUUCGCCAUAUGCCUUAGCAGCUUUGACACUAAGAUUGCUUGUGAGUAAUCUAAAAGAGAUAUGCAGAAGAGUCCAUGUGCAAGGUUGUUGUCAUGCUGUGACUCAGAAUAUUCUGCAAGAUGGUUUCUAGGUAGUUUAAUACAUCAUGGUUUCUGCAUGAGCCAUUAGGGUUUGACUAUAAUUUUAGUUUUUCCCUGUACAUAAUGUAACUCUUUGUGUCACAAGUGAAAAACGGUGUGUGCUUUGCUAACAUACUUUGGCUGUUUGACCGUCAAGGGAGAAACUUGAAGUCUGAACUGCAGAGUGGUUUAUUAACUUUGUCCGUGUGAGCUGUUGUUGGAGUCUAUUGUCCAUUUUAGAUGAUUGCUUCUGCAUCUUUUUUUGCAAAAAAGAAUGCGUAAUCACAAAAUUCUCGCGUUUUUCCUUGACUGAUGGGUAAUUGUUG